CGAGCAGCCGCCGCCGGCCGGACGGGCGCCACUCCCGCCGCCUCCGCUCCGCCCGGUCUGCCUGCGCCGCGCACCCGUGCCCGGCAUGUCGGCGGCCGUGGCGUGCGUGGAUUACUUCGCCGCCGACGUCCUCAUGGCCAUCUCCUCGGGCGCGGUGGUGCACCGCGGCGGCCGGCCGGAGGCGCGGCCCGCCGCCGCUCUGGAUGUGCGCGCGGCGCGCCGAGCCGCCUCGCCAGGCACGGGGCCACGGCGCCCCGCCCCUGCGCCCCCCGGCCCGGCCCGCGGCGCCGCCGCGCCCCACCUGCUGGCCGCCAGCAUCCUGGCCGACCUGCGCGGCGGGCCCGGAGCCGCCCCGGGGGGCGCCUCGCCUGCCUCCUCUUCCUCGGCCGCCUCUUCCCCGACCUCAGGCCGCGCCCCCGGCGCCGCGCCCUCCGCCGCCGCCAAGAGCCACCGCUGUCCCUUCCCUGGCUGCGCCAAAGCCUACUACAAGUCCUCGCACCUAAAGUCGCACCUGCGGACGCACACAGGUGAACGUCCUUUUGCCUGUGACUGGCCAGGCUGUGACAAGAAGUUUGCGAGAUCUGAUGAGCUGGCCCGUCACCACCGGACGCACACGGGCGAGAAGCGCUUUCCCUGUCCUCUGUGCUCCAAGCGAUUCACCCGCAGCGACCACCUAACCAAGCAUGCCCGCCGCCACCCCGGCUUCCGCCCGGAACUGCUCCGGCGUCCGGGCGCCCGCAGCACCUCGCCCAGCGACUCGCUGCCCUGCAGCCUGGCUGGCAGCCCCACGCCCAGCCCCGUGCCCAGCCCGGCCCCCGCCGGCCUGUAGGGCCCUGUCCAGCCCGCCCUGAGCACGCCCCCUGCCAGGCCUUGGCGUGGACCACCAGCAACUUGAGGACGUUCCCACCAGCUAGGGCCCGUGGCAGGGACUAAUGGGGAGCCCUGGCCCCUUCCAGCUGUGGUGGACCCUGAAGAUGCCCCUGUCCACCUCAAGAAAGCAAUGAAGGGGCUGCAGAGGUGGCCCUCAGGACGGGUGACUGGGGCCUGUGUCUGUAAAUAGCCAUGAUUACUAACUUUCUUCCCAUCUGAGCAACGAGGUCUGCUGGAAGAGAAGGAUGCCAGGGGCCCUCCCCUUCCCCACCCCCCUGUGUUCCCCUAGGGGUGGGGUUUGAGGGCUGGAGCGGUGCAGAGAAGGUGCCCCUACCCAGGGCUUGGACUCCACCCCCAGGCUGUUCCCUUCUAGUUGGGAUGAAAUGUGCAGAGCCAUAGAUGAACCAGGGGUCCCCAUGGGCCCCGCCUCUUCCCCCACCGAAAGCCAUUGGAGAAGUUCAGGGAAACGGGGGGUGCAGCUCGGCCACCUCCCACUCGGGUAUUCAAUCUCAGGUGUCCACAGGUUCUGCCCACGGGAGGGGCCUCCCAGCACCCCAGGCCUCAAGGGUAUGGCCAGGAGGGGGGAGGCAUCGGGGUGUCCAGAGGGCCCAGGUCUUCUGAGACUUAGGGGAGGGAGGGAACAGGGAGAAGGGUUCUUCCAAAGAGAUUUUCACUAUGGGGCAGGGGUGGGGGUCCCCAGCCAGUGCUGUCCGGCUUAUUUAUUGUCCUGUCUGCUGGUAUUGGGGGGACCUUUCUCCCCCUCUCUGGGUGGGUGGGUGUGUGAGAGAGACUCCAGGCUGGGCGUGGUGGCUCACGCCUGUAAUCCUAGCACUCUGGGAGG